AUGACUCCAGAAAUUUACCUGUGGACUUCUGUCUACUUCUCGUGGCGCCUGGCUGCUACCAUGGCUAGAAGCCUAGACACCGAGCAGGAUGGCCAAAAUGCUUUAGACGACUUCAAACGCGAACUCGAAAAAGCCCAGAGAUGGUCAAUCAUUGACGACCGUCGUUUCAUACUCGCCAGCCGAAUCGCAAACUGGCUGCGAACCUCACCCGACGGUAAUGCACCAGACAGCAGCACCAAUGCCAGGCGCAUCCUUAAAGCCCUGUACGGGCCCAACCACGGCCGGCCUGACGAGAUCGAUUGGCUGCUCAUACACAUGGGACAAGACAACAAGGAAUGUUGGCUGCGGAUAUUCACAAUUCUGCUACAGAUGGAACACAACGGUCAGAACAUGGGCAAGCAUGUCAAUGCUUUCUUCAAGCAAAAGAUCUUAGAUACGUCUAUAGGUCACCUCACAGACAGCUCUUUGUGGGACAUCUUUCACCAAGUGGGCUUUGACCUCGCGAACUCCAAGAGACUUGCCGCUGAGUUCUCGGAUCUACAAUGGGAGCUUUGUACACGAGAAGCAUUCGAUAAAGUAUUUGGGCGUUUCUACGACCAUGGCAGUAAAAUGAUAAUACCAGUGACCAGGAAGGUCUUACUGAAGGAGGGCGGAACGGGGACGCUAUAUAUAAUCGAGGUGCCGAGAGAGUGCAUCCCCCAUACCCUGGCCAAGGAGAUUGAAGGCCGGCAUUACACCAGAUACAACGAAGAUGGAACUGAAGGAGAGGUUCGACAAUUUGCUCUGAAAGUGCUGAGCCAGCAAGAACCUUUCGAAGACGAACAAAAGGCUUAUCAACAUCUCCGAAAGGAAGACGGAAUUAUACGAUGCCUUGGAAGCUGGGUGAUUAGACUGAGCGCCCCUAACACAACCUUGAAAAUGCAGGAGUAUUAUCUUUUGCUCGAGUAUGGGGCGUACGAUUUGAGCGAGUUCUUUUCCCUCUAUCCAGCGCCUAGCACGACAGAGGAAAUUCUACAGUUCUGGGAGGCUCUCAGUCAUCUGCUCACAGCUCUUGGAAAGAUACAUAAGUGCAUGACUUCGACCACUAAAAUACUCUUGCUUGGAUGGCAUUGUGACAUCAAACCUGCCAACAUCAUAUACUGCAAAGACGGCAGAAGGAAAGGAUGGAAAAUUGGCGAUCCCGGUUUUGCCACGUUUGCAGAGGAGACCCAUGUCCGUAAGCAGGAAGGCUUGCCUGUUAUCCAAGGGAAGGGAGGCACAAGUGCCUAUGGCGGCCCAGAAUGUUCGGACGGCGGUCAAGCUCCAGUCUCCCAGCGCUUCGAUAUAUGGUCUCUGGGCUGUGUCUUCUCUGAGGCUGCGACUUGGGUUGCACUUGGCCAUCGGGGCAUGAAGCUAUUCCAACUUGUACGGAAGUCAGGCCAGCUCGGCGAUGAUAAUAGUGCUGAUCAAAGCAGCAACCUCGACACCGGAAGUUCAGUCAGCGACAUUGACGACAAUUCAUUGACGGCGAUCAAAGGUCUAGAUCGGUUCCACGACGGGAGCAAAAUAUCCUCGACAGUCAAAGACUGGCACGCACACGUCCGACAAGCACUUCGCCGUUGUGAUCCUAUAACAGAAAUGAUUCUACAAAUUGUGGAGAACAACAUGCUGCAAGCUGAUCCGAAGCAAAGAAGUUCCGCCUUUGAGUUGGCUGAGAAAGUCAGGUCCUGUCUUGCUAUCGCUCGAAGCAACGCAGAAAAGACCGUCAUAUACAAGCUACCAAGCUACUUCAAGCAUGCUGUCAAUCAGGAGCAGCAACAAGAAUCACGAGUUAUUCAAGACCGAAUGGCCCAGGAAGGCUCAGAAGAAUGGAGAUACAAGUACAGGUCAAAAGCGUUCAUCGAGGCAACGAAGGAACCUCUCCUGGCAGGCAACCAACUCGAUGAACAUAGAGGAUCUUACUAUCACACCCCCUCCAGCAAGAAUAGUUUGCAACGGCCCAACACCUGGUAUACUGGAUUCGGACGCAGUUCGAGGAGUAGUGUCUUCGAGCCAGCCCCUCUUCACAUUAAACAGGACAGCUUGCAGCCUUCACUUGGUGUUGUGCAUGUCGAUUACAUGCAGGCAAGGAGACUACUUGAAGAUGCAGGCUGGAAUUCUGGUACACUUCAAAUUCCACAGAACUCUGAGACGGCUGCAGAAACCAUCAGCUCGCCGCAAAGCCCCCAACAGAUCACCUCUGGGGACAAUUUAUCUUCGUUGCGUUCGCCGCAAGGUCCGACGCACCCUGCCAGAACAAAGUCAAACAGACGCAUGUCUCUUGUGCGAAAGCUGAUCGGCAUAACUUCCAAACCAAAGCUCUCAAAUCCUCCAAGCUCAUCAGCCCUUUCACCAAGAGAGACUGUUCCGACACUCGCAAUAUCAGAGCCAGUGACAGCUCAGCAGGCAGAAGGCGGAAGGAGAGGCCGUGAGAAUUCCGAACACUCCAUUCACCGCUACGAAACGUUUGACGCCAUGGCGGAGCAUUGGAUUUACGCGAGGGAACUUCUCUCCGUUCUCGUCGCUUUUCUUUACGGACAGGACGAUGACGGCAUCGAUCUCUAUUUCACAUCGUCCAGUGAGCUGGUCGGCACCUUCCAUGAGCCGAAACAAUUUUUCCAAGAGAUGAACAAUCAUUGCCCAAGUCAUGGCUCUCAUCGAGAAUUCAAAGCUGGGCAGACUUCGAUACAAGACCUACAAUCUGACUUCAUCCCGUCGGAUUCGAUACCUAGGGCUACUACUACUUCUACGGCAUCAUCCAAUGAGGUGAACGAGAACAUUACCCACGUACUCGACGGAAUUUUGGGGAAUUGGUCCAGUAACUUCAUCAAGAAGGAGAAGAAGAAACUCACGCUCAUCAUUCUGACCGAUGGAAUCUGGUCCGGGGUCCGCAACAAGGGAACUGUCAAGGGCGGAAUUGUUCACGCUGUGGAGAGGGCACAGAAUCAGGGGGCGCUGAGAAAGCAGAUCGGGGAGCGAGGUCUGAGUAUCCAGUUCGUGCGCUUCGGCCACGAUGAGGAGGCCAUCGCCAAACUUGAGCAUAUGGACAACAACCUGGAAGACACUGACGGCCAGCCGUUACCAGAUAUUAUCGACCACGAGCCAGCCGACGGUAACAUUUUCAAAAUGAUCCUGGGCAGUCUUGACUCAAAAUAUGACGACGACGACACUCAGACCAUGACCGGCGAUGGUGACGACGACCGGCAAACUGUUAAGACCCUGACCGAGACGGACGACCGCGGCGAGCAGGGUGACUUGUUUGUGGAGGCAGCUGCGAGUGGUUCUCUAUCACAUAGCAGCUCGAGGCGGAUUAUAUUGCUACCCGACGACGGGGAGAACGCCGAGCCUAAGCACAUGUUUAGUUCCGAUAUUGCGGAGCCCUCCGGUGUUAACGGCCGGAACAAGGCUCGUAGACCUAUUGCCCUUGUUGCGUCGCAAGAAGGAUGGUCACCACGAGACGGAAUCCAAAACACUUCCCCUUUCCGGAUUUGA